AUGUCUGCAGCACUUCAACAAGCGCAAAGAAAAGUUGUGGAAAGCCAACGUCAAUGCGAAACUGCUUUGGUCACUCUUGGGCAGCGUCGGCGCGAAGUCGAGGAGCAAAAACUUCUUCACGAUAAAAAGCUGGAGCAAAUUGAACAAGAGGACGCCGCCGUCCAACAACUGACUCGACUCGCCCAUCAAGCCAUGAAAGAGGCAAAUCCGUACUUGGAGGACGCGGAUUUUGCGCUUGACUCGAUCGAAUCGAUGGAUUUGCAAACUUUGCGGUCUUAUGGAAGGCCGCCGCCGGCUGUUGAGCUAGUCACGUCGGCGGUGAUGAUCAUGAAACAGGCAGACCCGACGUGGGCCGAGGCCAAAAGGCAACUGGCAGACCCGAAAUUCAUAGACCAGCUGCUUGAUUUUGAAAGAGACCGCGUCCCCGAAAAGAUAUGGAAAAGCGUUUCCUCCAUUACGCACAACGAGGAAUUCGAUUUGGAGAAAAUCGAGGCAAUUUCAAAAGGGGCCAAAUUUCUGGCGGAAUGGGUACUGGCCAUGGAGAAAUAUGGAAAAUUCUAUAGAGCCGCUGCUCCUAAACGGUCAAAACUAGAACGUGCCGUCAAAGAGCUGAGGGAGCACCACGGCGAAUUGGCGGACACAGCCACGAAAAUGAAAUUUCUCGAGAUGCAACUUGAUAAGCAAAAGGAGGAACAUGAGAAGUGCUUGGAGAGUAAAAGAAUUCUUGAUUUAAAGGUCGAGGAAAUGGCAGUUGAGCUACAAAGGGCGAAUGACCUUUUGACUAGUUUAUCCGAGGAAGAGCAGAGUUGGAUUGACUUUGAAAAAAAUCACGAACAAAAUUUGAAAACUCUCUAUGGUGAUUGUAUUGUACUUGCUAUUCAAUACACCUACUUUGGGCCACUAAACAAAGAGGAACGAAAAUUCGCAGAUGAAAUUCUUUCAACUUUGUUGAAUGAAUUAAAAAUCGACCGUUCAAACAACGUGGGUGAUGAGGAAGAGAUGCAAUUUAAAAAAUGGACUUUGCAAAAACUACCAGAAGAUUCAUAUUUGCAACAAAGUGUGAAAAUUGUGAGAGGUCUCGGUAUUGUCAGGUUUCAAGAACGACCUGUUCUGAUGGUAGAUCCUCAAGGUUUGGGGAUAGCGUGGCUCAAGGAAUCUGUAGAUAAUGAAUUAUUGGUAUUUGCAAUCAGUGAGGAUGAAAAACUUGAAAUCAAAAUGAAAGACGCAAUGGUUUUAGGAAAAACCAUAAUCAUAACAGGCAUUGACUCUGAACUAACAAUAAGUCACAUGCUGCUUGCUGUCUUAAAAAUUAUAAAAAUGAAAAGAUCUGGAGUCCAAGUUUUUGAUCAAACUAGUUGUAAUGAAGGGGCAUUUGAGGUCAUAUUUGUCACAACUGUCGAGGAUAUCAAGAACCACGCUGCAAUUGCCUCACGAUUCAAUGUUGUUGACUUUUCCUGUCAAUUAGAAGGGCUGCAAAACUGUUUACUGAACAAAUUUAUGCUGAAGGAAAAUCAGGUAUUAGAGGCUGAGCGAGCUGAAGUUGCAAAUAAAAUUAUUAUCGAAAGUUCUAACCUUAAAAUGCUGAAUGAAAAAAUACUGAAUGCAAUACUGGAUUGUAAGGGAACGCUUUUGGAUGAGACAGUCGCAAUGGAAGAUCUUGAACAUACAAAAGCUGCUCUUGCGGAAACAGAAAAAAGGCUCGCUUCUCUUCAUGAGACGGAGCAAAAUAUAAACCAACAUAGACAUGCUGCUUCGUUUUAUCUGAUGAUUAGGAAACUCAGAAAAAUUGAUUCAACCUAUGACAUUUUACUGGAAAAAUUCGUGAAAAACUUUGAAUUUUCCAUUCCGAAAAAGCUUUCCUCAAGCUUGUCUCCGAAACGACGGGACAACAUAGUCCAAGAACACAUGCUGAAUAUUUACAAAUCAAACAUUUCAAGAUUUAAGGAGGAGCACAGAAUUCUCUUCUCCUUCGUGAUCUGUCUGGGAUUUCUGGAAAAUUCUGGGGACGCUCCACUUGAAAAAUACGUUGAUUACGUUGUAAAUGAUAUAAAAUUGGUCGCUGAUGAGUGUUUGGAAAAGCAAAUAGAAUGGAUAUCUGAUGCUGCUUGGGUCAAUGUUAAAAAUUUGGAGCGAUUGGGAUUUUCAAAUUUAACUCAAGAGCUGCUGCGGUGCCAGGAAGAGUGGAAAUAUGUGGUCCGAUGCGAGUACGCGGAGAAAUUGGAUCUGCCAGGUGUAUGUGACGCGAUAGUUCCGUCACUGAAACUUCUGCUUAUCGCGGCUUUACGGCCGGACCGAAUUUGCCAAUGCAUUUCUGAGUUUGUGUCCAAAAGGAUCGGAGAAGAGUUUUUGAAACUGCCAGAAAUCGAUUUGCUCUCUCAGGCAAAUGACAAUUUCAGGAUAUGGAUUCUUAUGGAUCAUGAAGUUCCUGUGAAAACCAAUGGCCAAGAGAGAUUUUCUCUAAUCACGAUUCAGAAACCUAAAAACAUUCCAGACACCAUGAAAAGAAUUUUGGCUACUUUGCAAAUAAAAAACUGGCCACUUUCUUUUGCCCAACACGCUUGGAAUUUGGCACUGCUGCACACGACCGUUCUAGGCAGACAGUGGAUUAAAGAAGGAGAAUUUCUGAACCGAUAUGAUUUCUCCGACACUGAUUUUAAUGUUUCUUUGCGAUUGAUUGAACAUUUUGCUGGCAAAAGUUUUUCAAAUCUGAUCAGAAGGGAAUGGUUGGACUGGGCCGUUGAAUUUGCAUACUUGAGUCGCAUGACUGAAAAUUUUGACCGGAAAUUAUUGGCUGAUUUAAGUGGUGAAAUUCUUUGGGAACAUGCAUUUACAAUCUCGUCUGAAGAAAGCUCUCUACAAAUGAUUUUAAAUGAGAACGGAGAUGCUUUCGUGCUAUCAAACCUGCCCUUGAGGAUUUCUGGAAAUGAACAGCUCUUUGCAAUAAAUGCGAGCUACGCAAGCGACUUGAAAGCCAGUCAGCUCCUGAUAACUGACUUGAAAACGUUAAAAGGUCAAGUCUUGGAAAAAUUCUUCACAAGAAUAACAAAAGCAAAAAUAAGAAAAGUUGAGAUUUUACUGGGGCAAAUGGAUUUUGAUUUAAGUCUUUGCAAAGAAGACCAAUGGAGGCAAAUCUGCAUACACGUUUCGAAUGAGAUUUCAAUGCUAAAAAACCACGUUCUGUCAUCAUUUUGUGAUCAUUUAAAUGAAUUGAAAUUAGGAAUGUUGGGCUCCCUUGAAUUCAACCCUUCCAUGAUCACAGCCUCACAUUUAUUGGAGAAAUCUGAAUUCCCGAAGCAAUGGUUGCCUGAUCAAUACAAAAGAAUCUUUCCUCGAGAUUUGCAUAAGGGAGCAUCGGAGCUCAAAUAUAGAUUUUUCAGUUUGUGCUCGAUUUUAUCACAAAUACAAAGCGAAUCGCGGCUUGAAGUCAAUUUGGGAACGCUACAAAAUCCGCAAGCAUUCCUCUCAGCCUUGAAACAGGUAAAAAUAUUUAAAAUAAAUUAA